AUGUCUCAUAUCUCUGAUCGUUGUAAAACAGAUCCGGAUGAAGAUAACGAGAUCAAACGCAAACGAAAAUAGGUUCAGCAAUUUAUCUAAAAUUCAAAAGAGGAAUAAAAAAGGAUUGCUAUCCUAUUUAAAAAGGACUUGGAUUUAUAAAGUGAGAAAUUAAAAGAAAGAAUUCAAAAAAGAAUUUUUAAUAAAGCAAUAGCAAAAUCUUCGAGUUGUGGAGUAUAUAGGUCAAGCAAUAAUAUCAGCGAAUCUUAGUCAUUAGCUGACACUGAUGAUUAUUAGGAGUCACUUUAUGAAAAUGCUUUAUUGGAGUUAGAUAACUAGAGAGAUGAAAAAAUCUAUAGAAUAGUUAAGCAUUAUAACAACCAAAUUAAUAGUCUCAGGGAGAUAGAAUAUACAACAGAAAUAUUAUAACAAAUGCUACUAUUUGAAAAAUAAAAAUGGGAAGAAAUUCAAAAUAUUCAAUAAUAAUAUGAAGUAAUAAAGACUAAUUAAAUAAAGCUAUGA